AUGGAGAAAUUGCCGAAACCCCCCACCGUCGACCGUCUUCAUCCUCAACCCGAAACCGCAUCACCACUCAUCACAAUGGUUCUGAUCGGCGGACCCCUCGGCAUCUCGCUUGCCUCCCAGCUCAAGCAGUUCUCGGCCGGGUUUUACAACUCGCUGAAGCCCCUCGCGAAGGCGUACGCCCGUGCCGCCGGUCACCGCAAGGUCGGCCUCCGUUACGACGACCUGAUUAUCGAGGAGCGCCGUGACGUUGAGAAGGCCAUUGACCGCCUCUCCGCCAAGGAGGGCUACGACCGCGUGUACCGCAUGCGUGUUGCGUUCCAGCAGGACCUGAUGCGCCGCCCUCUCCCCAAGGAGGAGUGGCUCAAGGCCGAGGACGACGUGCGUUACCUCUCGCCCCUCAUCUCCGAGGUCGCUGCCGAGAAUGCCGAGCGCGCCAACUGGGACUCGAUCGAGGUCGAGCGCAAGGCCGUUUAA